GCAUCAGACAGACAGACUCUGCGAAGAGCUAUGAAAAUAUGAAUCACUAUUGAACAAUCCUCCAUACAUGCCCAACCUCGUGUCGGUCCAACCCUGCAAAAUGGCUUGUGAAGCUGCACGAUGCCUUCCACCUUCUACCUAUCCAACCAUCCGCACGGCUGGCUCACGAACGCACGUUGACUGUGGGUAGCCUUCUUUCCAGUACUAUGCCGCUGAAACGGCUGCAUCCUCGUACGCAUAACCGCUCAGCGAAGCAAGAACCAGCAUCUCGACAUUGAAGAUCUUUUGACCUUCUAACCUCGUUCAGAGACAAACCUAAGCAUGCGCGCAGCAGGCUCCGAACUUUCUAUCUUACUUUCCAACUGCAGAUUCCUCAUCGGCUUGUAUUCUUGCUUGCUCCCGUGCCCAAUCCUGCUUUAUACCUCUCGACUACUGAGCGGCUGCGCGAGAGGUGGCAUGUCGACAACCCUAUUCUCGAAGUCGUUGCCUGUGUACAACCUCAAACAGCGGAAAUUGAGAUGGAUGGUCGGGGCCAGAAGUAGAGACUGUGUGACUCGUAGGAGACCUUCGAUGGUGAACGUGCUUGGUUGCAUUGAUGAGGCCAGCCUUCUGAAUGAGGAUUCAAACGCGACUUGUCAUUUCCAGAUCAAUACACUCCUCGGAAUGCUCUCACCAAGAAACAUUCCCAUCAACAUUGCAAGACACGUAGUGCAGUCGCUCUUCUUGAGUUCUCAAAAGGUGAAGUCUCGCUUCUUGGCCCACAAUAUGACAUUGUUGAGCUUCUCUAGGCCGGGUUUCUCGUCAGGAGACUGACCACAUAUCCAUGAUAUGGCGUAUGUUUAAAGCGGU